AUUCAACUAUUGAGGAAACAGUAGAAAGCAAGCUAACUGCAUCUGCGUGUUGGUCUCGUUUGAGUCGGUAAAAAAAACCGGCUUGUGUCCAAAGUCCAGUUUUGACUGGACUGGUUCUGUCCAAGUGGUUGAGUCCCUCCACUCGCAAAGAUGGAUUUCCAGCACAGAGCCGGAGGGAAAACGGGGAGCGGCGGGGUGGCCUCUGCCUCCGAGAGUAACCGGGACAGGCGUGAGCGCUUACGCCAGCUGGCCCUGGAGACCAUCGACAUUAACAAAGACCCCUACUUUAUGAAGAAUCAUUUAGGCUCAUAUGAGUGCAAGCUUUGUCUGACACUUCACAACAACGAGGGCAGCUACUUGGCUCACACACAAGGGAAGAAGCAUCAGACUAACUUAGCACGGAGAGCAGCCAAAGAGGCGAAAGAAGCUCCUGCUCAGCCGGCUCCAGCCAAAGUAAAAGUCGAGGUCAAGAAGUUUGUCAAAAUUGGUCGACCAGGAUACAAAGUGACCAAACAGAGGGACCCAGAGAUCGGUCAGCAGUCUUUACUCUUCCAGAUCGACUAUCCGGAGAUUGCGGAAGGGAUCGGACCCCGGCAUCGUUUCAUGUCUGCUUACGAACAGCGCAUCGAGCCUCCUGAUCGUCGCUGGCAGUACCUGCUGUUUGCUGCUGAACCUUAUGAAACUAUUGCCUUUAAGGUCCCCAGCAGGGAAAUAGAUAAAGCAGAAAACCGCUUCUGGACCCACUGGAACAAAGAAACUAAACAGUUUUUCCUGCAGUUCCACUUCAAAAUGGAGAAAGCUAUUUCUGGCGGUCCAGUUCCUCCUGUUGGCGUGAAGCACCCGCCUCCACUCAUGAGCGGACCAGGAUCUCGACCACCGAGUGAUUCUCUACCUCCCCCUCCACCUGGAGGGAUGUCGGUCCAUCCUCUCCCACCUGGGGCCCCGGGUGCCCCACAGAUGCCCCAUCAGAUGCCCAUGCCUCCCAUGCCGAUGAGGCCGCCACCUCCAGAUGGCCUAAUGUCUAACAAUUAAUUUCCUGUCAUUGGUUUUAUAAUUGCUUUCUAUUAUCGUUCCUGGAUUUGAGUCUAUUCAGUAGAUUUUUUAUACAUUUUCAGGAUAAAUAUGUGGGAUAACAUCUCCACGUUUUUUUUUUUU